UACUGCAUCAUAGACUUUUUGUUAGGGUGGCAUGACCUCUUUUCGCUUGAAAUAUUGAAGAUAAUACAACAUAGACGAUUAUUUAGGGUUGUGUCCUUUGAGAAGGAAGGAAGGAAGGGAUGGAUUUCGAGCUGAGAGCCGCUAGGGAGAAGCUAGAGAGAGAGCAGAGAGAAAGUAAGGAGAAGGCGAGGAUCAAAGCCGAGCGCGAGAGGAACGCAAAGAUUGAAGCCCAGCGCAGGCGCGAUGCCAUUGAAGCAGCUCAGAGUAUACGAAGGCUUGAAGCUGCAGAGGCUCAAUCCAUGGCAAAUCAACAAAUGGAGGAAAAUCUGCUUGCUGGAGAUGGAGUUGCAUUCUUCCGAUUACUAGAAUCUGUACCUUACCAAGGUCAUGGAGACAAGAUCAAGUUACCAGCUUCGGCCUUCACAGAACUCUCUGACCAAGGGGCUCUUGAUAAAGGUCCCAUGUUCUUCGAACUCUCAAAAAUCCACCAAGAGGGCUCUUUGGGACAUGAUAACCAUGGAAAGACCCAUUCAGGUGUUCUUGAAUUCACUGCAAAUGAAGGAUUUGUUGAGCUUCCCCCGCAUGUGUGGAACAAUUUAUUUUCUGGGUUGUCUUUAAAUUCCCCAUUGGUUGAGGUUCGCUAUGUGAGAUUGCCAAAGGGGACAUAUACGAAACUCCAACCAGAUAGAAUGGGGUUUUCAGACCUACCUAACCACAAGGCUGUCCUAGAAACAGCUCUUCGGCAGCAUGCAACACUUUCUCAAGGUGAAAUACUUAGUGUCAACCAUGGGGGCCUGAGUUUUAAUCUGAAGGUUCUUGAACUGAAGCCAUCUUCAAGUGUAUCUGUUCUAGAAACUGAUGUUGAGGUUGAUAUAAUUGAAGCUGAUUCAGGGUCGUCAAAUGUGCAGACUGUGUUGAUUCCUCUUUCACUUGGCAAGGUGGAAACGGGGUUUGUUGAAGAGGGUCAAUAUAACUAUUACAAGUUCUCAAUUGACGAAAAUAUUCAUAAGAGAAUGAUUAGCAAUAAUAUGAAUAUUAAGGUCAAGUUGGAAGUGAAUAUGAACAGUGGUGACAAUGAUCUAUAUGUCUCUAGGCAUCCCAUCUUAUUCCCAACUCAACAUCAACACCAAUGGUCAUCUCAUGAUUUGGGUUCUAAGGUCCUCAUACUUGGUGCCAAAGAUCUGAGCGUAGUUAUCGGUACAUAUAGCAUUGGUGUCUUUGGAUUUAAAGGAUCAAGUAAAUAUCACAUAUCAGUGACCCUUCAAGAGAAUACCAUUAAUCGGAAGCUUGGAGAGAUGGCUGUUUCUUCCUCUUCUCAAGUGGAUGGAGACUCUGAGGAGUGUGGAAACUGUCACCGUUUCAUACCGAGCAGGUCGAUCGUGCUCCAUGAGGCAUACUGCAGACGGCAUAAUGUUACGUGUCAUCAUGAUGGUUGUGGGGUGGUUCUUCGAAAAGAGGAAGCUUCAAAGCAUGUGCAUUGCCAAAAGUGCGGGCAAGCUUUCCAACAAGAAGAGAUGGAGAAGCACAUGAAAGUGUUCCAUGAGCCAUUUCCUUGCCCAUGUGGAGUUUUCCUAGAGAAGGAAGCAAUGGUAGUGCACCAGGGAUCCGAGUGUCCGUUGCGUUUGAUAAUGUGUAGGUUUUGUGGGGACAUGGUUCAAGCUGGGGCUGGUCCUUUGGAUGUGAGGGAUCGAUUGAGAGGGCUCUCAGAGCAUGAGAGCUUGUGCGGGUCUAGAACGGCCCCAUGCGAUUCGUGUGGUCGGGCUGUCAUGCUAAAGGAAAUGGAGAUCCAUAGAGUUGCUGUGCAUCCAAAGAAUUGAAACUAUUCAUUCUCCCAAAGUCUCCACAACACAGCGAUGAAACAGUCACCACAUUUCUUCAGCGGUCUGGAUUCAUGUAUACAACAUGUUUUUCUAUUUCUUGGCCAUAUAUUUAUGUAUUUAAUUAUGGCUUUGUGGAUUUGUGUGAAUAAUUGUACAUGGAUUAUUUAUGUUGUUGCGGAAGGAGAUUCAAUUGUCGUGUACCGUUGAUUUAUACACUUAGGUUGUUGAAAUCA